UGGGCGGGGCCUCUGCACAAACAUGACAGAGGGCAGUGAACCAGGCACAACACAUCUCUGAGUGCAGAGGCGUUGUUCAGUAAACUCAGGAUGUCACGGCUCCAACAGGUCUUUCUAGUCACUCUCUUUAUAUAUAUUGCCAUUUGUGAUUUUGGAGAAUGUGUGCACGUGAUUUUAGGAGACUCGGCUGUGUUUCCAGAGACUGAGAACUGUCCCAAUGGUGCAGAACUUUCCCGGGAAGAGCCGUACAGAACCCGGCUGGUGGCUGCUCGUGAGCACGGUGUUUGGAAACCGACCGAGGACUACACAGACAGGGUCAACCAGAGCGCUUCAUUUGCCUUCACGCGCACAGUUUACACGGACACCGGACUGUUUCUGUUGAAAUGUGGCAGCCGUGAGCGUCGCAUCCAGCUGGAUGUUCUUAUAGGUGUUGAAGCAUCAGUCUCAGAGGGGGAACCGGCCACACUGAAGUGCUACUACCCUGAUAAACACGAUGACUCUGUACUGCGGUGGACCAAAGACAAAGAGAUGGUGCUGGAGCUGAACCUGUCCUCCGGAGAGGUCAAACAUGGGCCAGGAUUUAAGAGUAGAAUGUCUCUUUCCCAGGCUGGCAGCAAACACGUUGACCGGUCGCUGGUUUUCGAUCAGGUUCUGCAGGGGGACCGGGGGGAUUACUUUUGCUCCGUGCACAGAAACGGCCUGCGAGAGAAGUGGGGAGACCCUGGUGCUGUGAGGCUGAAGUGGACAGAGAGAGACCCGGAUCAGACGAGCCCCCGCCCGCCGCCAGCGAGCGCCGCUGAAGAGGAACAAAUGGGAACUCUGACAAUCGUCUUCAUAACAUCAGUUGUUGUGUUUUUGAUCGUGGCCCCUUUAUUUUUUCUGCUUGGCUGGUGUGUGAAGUCCCACUGCUCCAGAGCCUCACCUAGAUCUGGUGGUGGACAACAUUCAGAAGUGGUGAAGCUCAUGGACAGUGACUCUCCUCUUCCCCCCCCCUGCAGUCUGUGUUUGUGCAAAGCUUUUAUAACGUUGUGUUUCUAUAGCUCUACAUUUAUUGCUACAAACUUGCCUUAACUUAGUUCUUCAUGUAACUUAAAAUAAAUGCUUCUUUCCUUUUUCCUGUGUUGUUAAUUUAAUUUGAAUGAAAAGGUAAUGUGGUUAAAUAUUGCUCUUCAGUAUCUCCACUCUGUGUUCACCUCACAUUUUAGUUUCAGGACUCUACACACACAUCGCUCGGCAGGUUCAUUAGUUUAGUUUGCUUCAUUCUGCUCUUUUAUUUCACCUUUUCUAAAGUAAGAUACUAACUUUGUUUAUUGCUGUGCGUAAAUACUUUAUUUUUUAGAAUUGUACUAAUGAGUAUUUACUAAAUGUAAGUUAAACUGUAAUUGUUUGUUAUAUUAAUAUACUUUGUAUCAUUGUUACAGAAAUAAAGUCUGUUUCCGUGUUCUUUAAUUGGGACACAGAUUUA